AAAGUUAGUGAAGUUAUUAUGUAUCCGUAUCAACAGCAACAACCCCCUGGACCACCAGGGCAGCCAGGGCAGCCAGGGCAACCAGGCGCGGCUGGAUUUAACCCUCAGCACUCUGUAGGCUCAAUGGGAACACCACAGCGCCCAAACGCUGUACAACAGGGCCAAGGAGGUGGUUUUCAGGCACCUAGUGCGCAAUCGGGUAUGCCUCCAUCACAACAACAACAACCACAGAAUCCCAUGGCAGUCCCACAUCACCCCACCGGACCGAGUGCACACUUACAAGCAGCCACGCAACACGUAGGAGGCUUCCAGUCGCAGCCGACCAGUGCAUCUGGGCUCAAUCCGAACUUCUCAUCUCAGCAACAGCCACAGCAACAAAUACAGCAAAACAAUGCAUUCCAGUCAGCUAUACAUACCCCACAGGCGCCCAGUACAACCCAGCCACCGCCUGGGGGUAACCCUGGCAACGGAGGCGGCUUGGGUAGUCCCUCAGGGCCUCCGAGUGCGAAUAUGCCGCAUGCAGCCUCCAAUCCAGCAGUGAACAGGCUACCACCUACUUCCUCCCCAGCAGCACCCCCUACCGUAAGCUCACCUGGCAGCCAUAUGCAGAAGUCAGCGUCAACACAUUCUAUGGGCUCACUAUCCGCGCAAUACACCCACUUGAGGCCUAAGCAAAGCGACCGUGGAUGGAAUGACCCUCCUACAGCCUUGUUUGGUGCCACAACUGCUUCUGCAGCCAAUUCAAAGGAAACAAAGAACAAAAGGCGAAACAUGCGGCCUUCUGCCGCUUCCCAGCAUGCGCAGAUGUACGGAGAUACCGCACAGCAAGGUUAUGCGCAGCCACAGGGCAAUAACUCGCCGCAGGCAGGACAGUUCCAACAGCCGAGCAUGAUGCAAUCUCCGAACAGUGGGAAUUUGACAAUGGGUAUGCCGCCCGGCUCAAACAAUCAGUACGGAGGAUACCAAGCUCAACAGCCGCAAAAUGCAAGUAUUAUGCAACCUGGUCAGGCCGGUGGACAGCAAUCUUUUGGAAGCCCGCUCCCAGGUCAGCCACCGCUACAGCCACAAGGCUUCCCGCUUCAAACACAAGCACAAGCACAACAAUCACCGCAAGGCUAUGGACAGCAACCACAACAACAAGGUUAUGCACCGCAACAGCCACAGCAGGGGUUCGUACCACACGGGAAACAAUCACAGCAGCAGUUUCCUCAGCAGGGAGGGUUCCAACCACCACACUUGCAACAGCAGCAAGCGAUGGGACAGCCUCCCCCUGGUGGUGCGCAGCCCGGUGCUCCUUACCGCUGA